AUGAAUAAUCCAUAUAUACCAUUAAUUGAUCAUCAUGGCCCUUUUAGUAAAAAACGAAUGCAUUUACAACCAUUGUUACCAAUUCCUGUUAGUUAUGCAUCAGCAGCUAUUCCGAAAUAUGCACCAUUUGGUACUGAAUAUACACCUGACCAUACAAUGAAAAUAAUUGGCGGUCGUUAUAUAUCAAUGCCUGAUUCAAUGGCUUAUGUACCUAAACAUCCGUCUGCAUUAUCGAUACAAAAUAUUGAUCCCGACCUAGCACCAACAAAAGCUAUCCAAAAUGUUCAUGCACAUGAUAAUGCUCAAUGGCAACAACCAUCUAAGCAAAGAUUUGACACAACAUAUCGUACUGAAUAUAUCAAUCGUAUUCGACAUCCAGAUCAAAUUGCAAGACCUAUUCGAAAUACAAAUAGUUCGCUUAAUCAAUAUUCUGUCUUACCACCAAUUCCUUCAGCAACUAUUACAACUACUAACAAUAAUAACAACAGUAAUAAUUCUAAUAAUGCGGCAUCUGCUCGUAGUACCAGAACGGAUGUUCCACAACAACAAACGAUUAAAGAUCAAGAAGUACCUAUUAAUGAAUCCAUAUCUAAAAACAUACAACCAUUAAAUUUUCAUAAUGUUACACAAAAUUCUUAUGAUUAUCGGCAACAACAACAGCCACAACCAAUAAUGAAUAAUAUUGAUAUAUAUUUACCUGAAGAACCUAUUUUAUUAACUGAUUAUGAAGAACAACGUUUAUGUGAACAAAUUUAUAAUCAAUUAGGAUCUUCAACAGUUGUUGAUAAAUUAAAAUUAUUUUAUCAAGAAUUAACAGCAUAUGAUCCAAAUUUAUCAAGUUAUGUACAUUAUUCAGUAAUUCAAUCACUGGCUUAUCAACUUGGAUUAAAUUUACAAGAAGAUACACUUCGUUUUGCUAUGUGUAAAUUUGUUUCACCAGAUCGACCACGUGGUUAUGUUCAGUAUGAAGAUAUGGUUCGAUAUUUUAGUAGAUGUCUUGCAUCAAUAUAUCCUAAUCAAUACGGUCGACCUCCAAGUUUACCAAGACAAUAUCAAACACAAAUGAAAUUCGGUGAUAGUGUCUUUAAUGAUGAUGAUAAUGAACGUUUCGAUCCUGAUGAACGACAAGUUCGAGUUUUAUUAAAACAAAAUUUAAAAUAUUUUGAUAUAAAUGGUUCAAUUGAUUUUGAUAAAUUAUAUCGUGAGUUUAAAAAUACUGAUCGAAAUCAAACUGGUGUUUUAAAUCGGCAACAAAUAGAAGAAGUUAUUUAUAAAGUUCGUAUACCAUUACAACGUUCAUUAAUAUUUCAAAUACUUGAAAAACAUUGUCGAGCUUAUUUAAGAUUAUAUAAAUGGGAAGCUUUUUUUCAAUAUUUAAAAGAACAAAUACUUGACAUAAAAGAAGUUCAAGACCGAUCAAGUCCAAUUUAUACUGAACGUACUCCAUCUCGUAAUCAAUGGCUUGAUUUAAUUCGAAGAGAAUAUAGUGAAAAUGAUCGUAUACGAAUUAUUGGACGAUAUAGUACACAUAAUGAAGGACCACGAUUAGAAAGUAAUAACCCAUCUGCAUGGUUUGCACGGUUUUUACGCCUUUCCAAUGCUAUGUAUAGUCAUCGUGCUAGCACAAAUAGAGAACAUGAUUUUUUACUACCUCGAGAAGAAGCUCGUCGGCUUUUUCGUGCUUAUAAUCAAAUUUGGGAUUUAAAAAUUGAAGACAACAAAUUACAACGAGUACUUGAUGCAUGUGCUCGUGGUGGAAAUACUGCUAUUGAUGAUGCACUUAAACUACUUGCUAAAUGA